AUGAAACUUUUGCCCAUUUGCACUUGGCUCCUUUGCCUUUUGCUUUUUCUCGUGUGCUUGGGAUCUGAGUGUGGGACUCCACGGCGAAUUGCAAGGUCUAAAAGAGACUUGGUACGCAUCAGGGAAGCCAGAAGUACCUUCCCAGGACCUUGUGCCACACGCCUGCCUCGGGGCAAACGCUCACUUCCCGGGAUAGAUCGGCGCACCCCUCGCCUGUCACAGGCGGGGGAAAGCAGCCCAGGUCGGCGGAGGGCUGUUUACUUUACCGGUCGAGGAGACCAACUGCGUCUGAAACCCAAUGCAGAGGUGCCAAGGGGUAAUUUCACCCUGGAAAUGUGGAUAAAACCUGAGGGUGGGCAGCGCUCUCCAGCUGUUAUCGGAGGUCUCUUUGAUAAAUGCUUCUACGCAUCCAGUGAUAGAGGGUGGUUACUUGGCAUCAAAGCAGUCAGCGACCAAGCCAACCGUGACCCUCGCUUCUUCUUCUCCCUCAAAACGGACCGAGCCCACAAGCUCACCACGAUCACCUCCAAUGCACCCUACACUCCCAAUCAAUGGUCACACGUGGCAGUCACCUACAACGGUCUCUUUAUGAAGCUGUACAUAAACGGGGCGCAGGUUGCUGUAAGCCGAGACCAAUCUGGUGAGAUUUUCAGCCCACUUACCAAGAAGUGCAAGGUGCUAAUGAUCGGUGGCAACGCCUUAAAUCACAACUACAGGGGUACGAUGGAACACUUGAGCUUGUGGCAUCGGGCUCUGAGCCAGCGUGAGAUCAUUAGAUCCAUGGGUCACAGUUUGGGUCAGUUUGGUGACCUCUCUCAGCUAGUCAUUCAUGAGAACUUUGAGAACAUGUCAAGACGGUGGCUGACGGUGAAAGAUGGGAGCUUCCCCCGGUUGGAGGACUCAGACAGGAACUUGGCGGCUAUCCUCAGUGAUGCUGCACUGAAACCUCCACCUUGCGGACAGACUGUAUGCGACAAUGUGGAGGUAAUUACAAACUAUUACCAGCUCUGGAGCUUCCGCAAACCCAAGACGGUGCGCUAUCGAGUGAUAAACGUUUACGACGAUGACGGACGGUGGCCGACGAUUACAGACCACCAGAUCAACCUUCAGCACCAGCACUUGAACAACGCUUUCCGCGUCUACAACAUUUCCUGGGAGCGCACCGUUCACAACGUCUACAACUCGUCCUUACGUAACCGCCUAAUACUGGCCAACUGUGAUAUCAGCAAAGUAGGCGAUGAAGAGUGCGAUCCAGAAUGUAACCACAUGCUUACUGGCUUCGAUGCCGGAUACUGUAAGAGGCAGAGCACACACUGCCCCGAAUACAAGCAGGGGAACGGGGUUUGUGACCCAGAGUGUAACUGGGAUAAUUUCUAUUACGAUCAUGGGGACUGCUGCAACCCCAACAUCACUGAUGUCACCAAGACCUGCUUUAAUCCUGCGUCACCCCACAGGGCUUACAUGAACGUGAAGGAGCUGAAAGAGGUUUUGAAUUUGGAUGGAUCUACACACUUGAACAUCUUCUUUGCUAACUCAUCUGAUGAAGACGUGGCUGGUGUGGGCACUUGGCCCUGGGAUAAAGAAGCUUUAACACAUUUAGGUGGGAUUGUAUUAAACCCUUCAUUUUAUGGUACAUUUGGCCACACUCACACCAUGGUACAUGAGAUUGGCCACAGCCUUGGACUGUACCAUGUCUUCAGGGGAAUCUCAGAAGUGGAGUCCUGUAACGAUGCCUGCUUAGAGACUGAGCCUUCUCUUGAGACAGGAGAUCUGUGUGUAGAUACUAAUCCCACACCCAAGUACAAGUACUGUAGAGAUCCUGAGCCAGGCAACGACACCUGCGGCAGACGUCAUUUCAUAAACACCCCCUUCAACAAUUACAUGAGCUAUGCUGAUGAUGUCUGCACAGAUUCCUUCACGCUGAACCAGGUGGCACGGAUGCACUGUUACCUGGAUCUGAUCUACCAGUCUUGGAGACCUGGAAGUAAACCAGCUCCUGUUCCUCUAACUCCUCGAGUUACAGCCCAGGACCAAGACUCUAUUACACUAGAGUGGUUCCCUGCCCUCACCGGCCAUUACUUAGACAGAGAAGUGGGAUCAGUUUGUGACAGAUGUACUGAAGUUGGGGUGCUCCUGCAGUAUGCCUCAAACUCCUCUUCUCCCAGACCCUGCGCUCCCUCUGGCUACUGGAGCCCUCGUGAAGCAGAAGGUCCACCAGACGUAGAGCAGGCCUGUGAAGCGAGUGUCAGCACUUGGAGCCCCAACGCUGGCCUAGACUCAAGUAGUGUUGGCUCAGCAUCUUGCUCACCCCAGGGCUGUAUGCUGCAGCUCGUGUUUGCCUAUCCACUGGUGCCUGACUCCCUCACAGUUUGGGUCACCUUCUUCUCUCCGGAGGAGACUGGACUUCCUGCAGUUCACGACAUCCUUCUGCUGACCCUCAGUGGUAACAACAUCUCGCUGGGUCCACAGUAUGUGUUCUGUGACACACCGUUGACGCUUAAACUAGAUGUGAAGGAGGAGGUGUAUGGGGUGCAGUUCUUCACCAUGGAGCAGCACUUGGAAAUCGACGCCACAUUGCUCGCCUCAAAGCCAGACAAUCCUCUGUGCCGGUCGUGUCAUCCUCUACGCUAUAGACUGAUUCGUCAGCCACCGUUCGCUCAUUCACCACAUGGGCUGAUCCUUCAGGAACCCACUCUGAGAUAUGUGGACAGGGACUUAAAGCCUGAUGAGACGUACACCUACCAUGUGCUGACAGUGUCUAGAAAAGCAGAGAGUGAACCAUCUCCUCCUCUCUCUCACCAGCUGGGCUCACCCUACUGUGGAGAUGGACUCAUCCAAAAAUACCUUGGAGAGCAAUGUGAUGACAUGAACUUCGCUAAUGGAGACGGCUGCUCAAACCAGUGCAAGAAGGAGCCGUUGUUCAACUGUGUUGAUGAGCCCAGCUUGUGUUAUUUCUACGACGGUGAUGGUGUGUGUGAGGACUUUGAGCGGGAGGCGAGCGUAAGGGACUGUGGUCUCUAUACCCCGAGCGGCUUCCUGGAUCAAUGGGCCACUGCGAUGCAGGUGUCCAAUGAGGAGAAGAUACACUGUCCAGCGGAGGUGGCUGUUGGAUAUCCUGCAGUGACUAAGAGCUGUCAGUCGAAGGUGUUUGACCUGUCACAUGACGUGUCUCAGUACGCUUGGUUUCCUUGUGAGGAGUCUCAGCAGCACAGCUGGACUUCACAAUUUUGGCUGAAGGCCUAUUACGCCCAUCCUAUGGUGGCUGCCGCAGUCAUUAUACAUCUGGCUGCUGAAGGAACAGCCGACAUCGACCAGAGACAACACAACAUUACUGUUCAGCUGCUGGACACUAAGGAGCAAACCCACCCUCUCGGGGACUGGAGGCUGAGCUGCCGGAAUAAUCCACUGGUGAUUCCUGUGAGUCAUGACCUGAGUGUGGCCUUCUACCGGACAAAAGCCAUUAUAGUGAGCUUCAGCUCUCCUCUGGUGGCCAUCUCAGGUGUUGGUCUGCGCUCCUUUCAAUAUUUUGACCCCAUCACUAUAAGUGGCUGCCAGAGCAAUGAAAUCUACAACCCCAUGGGCCAAAGAUAUUCACCUCAAAUAUUCAAGACUCACACUUCCAUGUCUGAAUCCACGGUGACCCUCACCUGCGCAGAUGGGAAAUGGAACAAGCAGGUGACCUGUGAACCUGUGGACUGCGGGUGGCCUGACAAGUACCACGUGCACCCAGCUGUCUUUGAGUUCUCUGAGGGAACCACCUACGGCAAGAAGUGCACUUUUCAAUGCCGGGAGCCGGCUCAGCUUGUGGGCAGUAAUAACGUGCUGACGUGUAUGGAGGAUGGCUUGUGGUCCUUCCCCGAGGCUCUUUGUGAGCUGCGCUGUCCGGUCCCUCCUCCUGUACCCAACGCUGUCCUGCAGACCAAACGCUGCAAUGCCUCAGGCCUCAAAGUUGGGUCUUUCUGCAAGUAUAAGUGCAAGCCUGGCUACCAUGUGCCCCACACAGACAAGCCAAAGAGGUCAGUGCCUGUGAUGUACCACAGGCGUGCAUUUAAGCGGCAGUGUACGGAGGAUGGAACCUGGCAGUCGGGUGAGUGUGUGGCAGUCACAUGUGAGCCACCUCCUCCCAUUUUCCAUGGUACCUACAAGUGCACAAACGGCUUUCAGUUCAACAGCGACUGCUGGAUUGUCUGCAACAGGGCUAACCACACGGUGAGACAGCACAGCCGCUGCAAGCAGGGUCCUUCCACCAACGUGAUCCGAUGCAGAAAGGACGGGAACUGGACCGGUUCCUUCCAUCUUUGCCCCAACCUGACAGGCCAGUGUUCCCUUCCGCAGAAUCUCAGCCCAACUAUCCAUCUCAACUGCAAGGAUGGACAUGGCAUAGGAAAGGAGUGUGAGGUGGCCUGUAGAGAUGCUAGCAGCAGUGUGGCCCUCCUGCCCAGCAACAUGAGCGUUGCAGCAGUGAUGAAAGACCACUGGUGGAACCCACCCAAAGUUAAGAACAUUGUAUGUACCAUGGGACUAAAGUGGUACCCUAACCCAGAGGCCCUCCAUUGCAUAAAGGGAUGCGAACCGUUCAUGGGUGAUAAUUACUGCGACGCCAUCAACAACCGAGCGUUCUGCAACUAUGAUGGAGGAGACUGCUGCCAUUCUACUGUUAAAACCAAAAAGGUGAUUCCAUUCCCUAUGUCAUGUGACAUUCGAGAAGACUGUGCAUGUCGAGACCCCGACGCCCAGGAGAACAACAAAGGAGUCCGCCACAGGUCCAUUGGCUGAGCUUGGUACCCCCUGUGGCACCCAGGGGGCCUGCUGGGAAACCAUUCUUCUCUACAUGCUGCUUAUAAGAGGGCCUUUCCACUCACACCGCACUCCAACAUGCCUUCGUUUCCUCAUCAAACAGCAACAAUCUAAGAGGGUAUGACACUCAAAAACAAACAACCAACCAAACACAUCAACAACAGGUUUCGCAAAGGACAAGAAGGGGAAGAUUUAUGAAUGACUUAUGGCAAUAGCAUCCAUAGAUGUCAUCAAACUAAAGCUCAAACAAGCCUGGGCUGACAGUUUUGUUGUUUUAUGUUUGCUUUCAUUGAUCAUUAUUUGUAAAGCGCAACCAUGGCAAUGUUGUUUUUAUGUAGAGCCAGAGGAAUAAGGGAGGAAAGGAAAAAAUGCAGCUGUUAAUGUUUGACUGUAGUCAGAAAAUGGGAUGAUUCCAAUCGAUUCAAAUCAAGACCUCCAAACUAAAGCAAAUAGAUGAAUGAGAGGACCUCUGAUGCUUUCACAGUGCCCCUUAACACCUGACCUCUGAGACUGUCUCGAUGACAGUUUAGCCAUACGCUGUGUCCUCUCAUAUCGAGUGUUCUCCGUGUUCUUAUAUUUAUCAUUUCAGAUAUCAAAGAGGAAAUACAU